AUGCAAUUUCAAUUUCCCUUAUAAAAAGCUCUUUAAACAAGUUAGAAUGGAAUUAGUGUAAUAAGUGCCUCGAAUAGCCGAAGAAACUGCUAUCUAGACGAAGUCAUAGAUAGGAUGGGCGAGGCAUCAGCCAUCGCAUAAUAAUUGAAAUAAAUUAUUACGACUGCAAGUAAGUUCUAUGGGAGUGAUUAAAGAAUUUACUUGAAAGCAGAUGGCAAAAAUUGUUUAGGCUUGUUGAAAGUCGGCAAAAAGAAUCUAUUUUAUAGGGAUUACAGUGGAUCUAUAAAAGAAAUGUAACCGCUUUGUGUAUUGGAUUUUUAUGUCCAUGAAAGUGUUUAAAGGAUGGGAGUGGGCAAGGAAUUAUUCGAGGAAAUGCUAAAAAGUGAGCAAAUCAAACCUGAGAAAUUGGCAUACGAUCGACCCAGUCAGAAACUAAUUGGGUUUCUUAAUAAACAUUACAAUCUAAACUAAUAUGUGCCUCAGAAUAACAAUUUCGUUAUAUUCAACCAGUAUUUUGGGCAAGGGACUCAACCAAUUGCGCAAGGAAGGAGUCAAAAAUAUUCCAGGAAUUCUCAAAUAGAUCAAUUGGAUAUUAUGGUGCAAUAGAUUUCUCAGAACAAGACGAAUUAAUAAUAAUUACCCUAAUAAAAGUUAGGUUAUUAAAUGAGUACUCCUUGGGCAAUCGAUAACCACACUAAUAUUUAUAAUAAUAUAAAUUCACAACGAACUAAUGUUUAUAAAAUUAAUUGAUUAUUAAUAUAUACAAACUAGAGUAUAAAUAAGUCAAACUUAUUUGCAUA